AUGUUCUCCUUUGUUAGCAGCUUCUCAUCCUUGAGCACGCGCAAGAAAGCAAGGAGGGCGCUCAGGGCUUUUGCGUGCGUCCCGUCCGCUUGGAAGGCGAAAUUGAUGGCGCCAAUCACGGGGGAAGAGUUCCUAGCGGAGUCGGCCUUCGUGAAGAAGAAGGGCCUGGCGAGUGCCUGGAAGGCGGAGAAAGUGGUGCAGGAUGGCCUCGCCUGCCGAGCGUGUGACUGGUUUGGCGUGCCCCUGGUGGGGGUGGCGGAGACAACUGCGGUUCUCCCCCUGGACAAGGUGGAGCCGUUGAUGGUGAGGGGCGGAAGGGUGAUUGGAGCGGGUGGCCUCCCCGAGGUACGGCUGCGCUGCUCAGAGCUCUGCAUGGAGGAUCAGGUCCCCCCCCUCAGGCAGCUGAGGUUGCUUUUUGGCGCGCAGCAAGGGGUGAUGCAGCAGCAGGAGAAGUGGUCGGAUGAGUGGGGAAGUGUGAUUGACUGGAAGAGGGUCAUCAGGGUGCGGGACUCCGCAGUGCUUCCGAACCGAGCCCGGGAUGUUCUGCUUCGCCUGCAUUGUCGUAAUCUCCAAGUCGGGGUGCGGCUAAAAUUCCUGGAGGGGAUGGCAUGCCCGCACUGUGGGGAGGAGGAGACAGCGGAGCACUCCGCGGUGCAGAUAUCUUAG